AUGGCUCAAAUAGCAUUGAACCAGUAUCUUGAAAACACAUCCUCCCGAGAUCCCUUUGGCGAAUUGGCAGAAAAGAUCAGUGCCUGCGCUGCUUCAAGAGAGGAAGGCGGUAAAAUUGGCUGGGUUGACAUCGCGAAUGCACAAGACGAGGCUGGAAUCCUUCCAAAAGAUGUGCUUUCGCAAUUGGUACCCCUCUGUCCCAAAACAGGAGACGUUCACAUUAUUGAGUCGAGACUUUCGGGACAAGUCCAUGUCAUUCGAGUGGAAGAACUUCUGAUUAAGCACAAUUCCAACCUUUUACCAGACGAAGACAAAGAAUUGAGAGUGGGAUCUUAUUCAGGAAAAAAUUCAGUGAUUUCGCGGCGAAAACUUAAAGGCAAGGGGGUAAUGCCACAGUUCCCCACUUUGGAUAAGGGCAAGAAGUACAUGAUUCAGACCAAUGGCUGCCAAAUGAAUGUUGCAGAUAGUGAACGCCUGUCGGGAAUCCUUCAUCAUGAUCUGAACCUGUCCCCAACCACCAAAGGUGAAGAGGCAGAUGUCGUUUUGUUCAACACUUGCAGUAUUCGAGAUCAUGCCGAACAAAAGCUUUUUGACAUGCUUGGUCCAUUCUGUGCUAGGAAAAGAAACGGAGAAGAACUCGCCAUUGUCGUAACUGGCUGUGUUGCCCAACAAGAAGGUGAAGAACUUAUGAGACGAGUACCAGAAAUCGACGUAGUGUUGGGCCCACAAUAUGUCCCAUUUCUGAAGAACGUUCUGGAGAGCGUCGAGUGGGGAAAACAAGUCGUUGCCACCGCUCCCAUGCUUCAUAUGGAAGACAAUGACUUCUCGAAGCCUAUGCGAGGUGGUGAGGGAGUAAAGGCAUUUGUCAAUGUGAUUCAUGGUUGCAAUGAGCAUUGUACAUACUGUGUAGUUCCCGCAACACGAGGAAUGGAGCAGUCCCGAAGCAUGGAGAGUGUUUUCAAGGAAUGCCUUGAUUUGACCAACAGCGGAUACAAAGAAAUCACAUUGAUCGGUCAAAAUAUUGAUGCAUAUGGAAGGGAUAUGACCCCAAAGCGAAACUUUGCUGAACUUCUGGAAUACUUAAACUCAAAUCUUCCAAGCAAGACCCGUAUUCGAUAUGUGACCUCUCACCCCAGAUACUUUUCUGACAAGGUUAUCGAUGCUGUUGCCAAUCUAGAUAAGGUCUGUGAGUGUUUUCACAUGCCAUUUCAGGCUGGAGAUGAUGAAGUAUUGAAGAGAAUGAGGCGGGGUUAUACCUAUGAUAGUUACAUGAGAAUAAUCAACAAGAUCCGUGAAAAGGCACCCGAUGCCGCAAUCUGUGGUGAUGUGAUUGUUGGGUUCCCCGGAGAGACAGAAGAAGCUUUCCAGAGGACGUUGGAUCUUAUGGAAGAAGUCAAGUUUGAUAACUUGAACACCUUUGCUUACUCGCCCCGUCCCAAUACGGAAGCGGCGAAGUGGGAAGAUCAACUUCCCGAGGAUGUUAAAAGUGAGCGAUUGCAGCGUGUACAAGCAUUGGCAACCAAACAUGGACUGGAACGAAGUCAACGAUAUGUAGGCAGGGUACUCGAAGUACUGGUGGAGGAUAAGAAUCCACGAAAUGCAAAUCAAGUGGUUGGGCGAACGCGACAGGGAAGGCAGGUGUACUUUGAUGGCGAUUUGGAUGUAUUGAAAGGAGAGUACGUAGAUGUUCUCGUAACGGAGGCGCGAACGUGGAGUCUCAUGGGAGAGCGACAGUAG